AUGAAUAGAGUGCUCAAUGACUUCAUGAUGACUGUGAUGGUAUACCUGGAUGAUAUCAUGAUCUACAGCAAGACCAAGGCCGAUCACGAGGUGCAUGUUCGCAAGGUGUUGCAACACCGAGUUGGAAUUUCUUGGCUUUCAAGUAUCUGGAGCGGGAACCUUACGCUUCGCAAGCAAGGUCAAGGCGAUUCAGAAUGGCCUGUGCCCACCAAUGUGCAAGAAGUGAGACAAUUCGUUGGUCUUGGAUCGCACUAUCGUCGUUUCAUUCAAGACUUUGCUGCGAUGGCGUCUCCGUUAACGGACUUGACGAAAGGAACGGGAACCAAGAAAGAGCAAUUGUUUGGUCUGAAGAGUGCCAACGCGCUUUUGACGAGAUCAAAGCCCCCGCAUUUCUCAAAGCCUAUUUUGUCACCGCAAAUCCGCACAAGCCAUACAUCAUCGAGACGGAUGCUUGUGAUUAUGGUGUGGGGAGCAGUGCUAUUACAAAGGACCCGAUGGCGUAAAGCAUCCGAUUGCGUUCGAAUCAAGAAGUUAUCCGAUGAAGAACGAUCUUAUCGCACAAGAAAGGAGAUGCUUGCUAUCCUUCAUGCAUUGAGAGCUUGGCGGUGUUUCAUUGAAGGACGUCCUUAUACGGUUUUCUCUGAUCACAACCCACUCAAGUAUUUCCGGACACAAGUUAAGCCUACGCCUCGUCUCACACGUUGGAUGGCGGAAAUUGAGUUGUAUGAUCCCACCAUUGUAACCUGGCAAAGGAAAACUGUCCCGGAUUUACUUUCAAGGCGUGAUGGUCCGAUAUUGUCACCAAUGAAUCAAGUAUGCGUUACAAUAUCUUUAUGCUGUCAAGUCGGUGCAAAAGUCGGAUUGGCCCAAAUUUUAUGCAAUGCCGGAAGACAAAUGGCCCACAACAUGGGAUCUUCUCCUCCAGCACAAGGACAAAUUCGUGGUGCGUGA